UUCUUUUCAAGCCUCACUGGACCGUACGCGUGUAUAUAAAUCCGGCGCGGCUUCUCCCCCUCGGCGUGGCCGCCCUAACCGCAACGGGAUUCCUCGAAAUCCCGGCACGAAUUCCCCCGGCCGGCGCCCUCCUCCAACCGCGCGCGCGGUGCCUGCCCACCGGUGGUCCUCGGCGGCGGCGGCGGAGAUGACGCAGACGCGGGACCUGGAGAUGGCGGCGCGCGACGGGGACGGCGGGGCGUACUACUACCCGCCGCCGCGGGCCGGCGCCGGCGGCGAGGAGCUCGACGACGACGGCAGGAAGAAGCGCACGGGAACGGUCUGGACAGCGAGUGCGCACAUCAUCACGGCGGUCAUCGGCUCUGGCGUGCUGUCUCUCGCCUGGUCGACGGCACAGCUUGGCUGGGUUGUUGGACCGGUGACCCUGAUGAUCUUUGCCUUCAUCACGUACUAUACCUCCAGCCUCCUUGCCGACUGCUACCGGAGUGGUGAUCAGGCCCCAGGGAAGAGGAACUACACCUACAUGGAUGCAGUCGCUGCAUAUCUGGGUCGAUGGCAAGUCUGGUCCUGUGGUAUAUUCCAGUAUGUCAAUUUGGUUGGAACCGCGGUUGGGUACACCAUUACAGCAUCCAUCAGCGCGGCGGCUGUGCACAAGGCCAAUUGUUUUCACAAGAAGGGCCACGCGGCCGACUGCAGCCAGUACGACACCAUGUACAUGGUUGUCUUUGGGAUUGUGCAGAUCUUCUUCUCCCAGCUCCCAAACUUCAGCGACUUGUCGUGGCUAUCCAUCGUUGCCGCCAUCAUGUCCUUCUCUUACUCGUCCAUUGCAGUUGGCCUCUCGUUGGCACGGACCAUUUCUGGUCGUACUGGUAAGACUACUCUGACUGGCACUGAGGUUGGAGUAGACGUUGAUUCAGCCCAGAAGAUCUGGAUGGCACUCCAAGCUCUUGGCAACAUUGCUUUCGCGUACUCCUACUCCAUGAUUCUCAUAGAGAUCCAGGACACGGUGAAGUCCCCUCCGGCCGAGAACAAGACAAUGAAGAAGGCCACCCUGCUGGGCGUGUCGACCACCACGGCGUUCUACAUGCUCGCAGGCUGCCUCGGCUACGCUGCGUUCGGGAACGCCGCACCUGGCAACAUCUUGACGGGGUUCGGCUUCUACGAGCCCUACUGGCUGAUCGACUUCGCCAACGUCUGCAUCGUGGUGCACCUGGUGGGCGCCUACCAGGUGUUCUCCCAGCCCAUCUUCGCCGCUGUCGAGACGGCGGCCGCCGCGCGCUGGCCGAACUCCAAGUUCGUCACUCGCGAGCACCCCCUCGUGGCCGGCCGGUUCAACGCCAACAUGCUCAGGCUGACCUGGCGGACGGUGUUCGUGGUGGUGAGCACCGUGCUCGCCAUCGUGAUGCCCUUCUUCAACGACAUCCUGGGCUUCCUCGGCGCCAUCGGUUUCUGGCCGCUCACCGUGUACUACCCGGUGGAGAUGUACAUCCGGCAGCGGCGGAUACAGAAGUACACCACCAGGUGGCUGGCGCUGCAGACGCUCAGCUUCCUGUGCUUUCUGGGGUCGCUCGCCUCGGCGGUCGCGUCCAUCGAGGGUGUCACCGAGUCGCUCAAGCACUACGUACCCUUCAAGACCAAAUCAUGAUGACUGAGCUUCGCCAUGUCACAGAGGGUUAGGAAUGGCGUAGGACCAUGCGAUGCUCUCUCAGCGGUUGACAGUAAUGCUUGUUGCUGUGCGAGAGAUCAGAACUGGUCAGAAGCCAUCCCCAUAGGGCGCUAAAAAAUCCGAGAGGUUUCAUGGCGUCUUGGAUAUAUUGUACAUUGUACAGAAGCUUGAGCUGAUGUAAGAAUUUAAGAGUUAGUAAGCCUGUUCAAACUGAAAUGAUGGAAAUGGCAAUGCAAUCAAUGAAAACUGAUACAAUGUUUUUUGGCUUU